AUGCCAAAUAGAAGAUUGAUUUUCCAAGAUAUUGCGAUUAUGCUUCAUGGGAAACAUGAUUUUUGUAUGAAAAUGGAGAAAGUUGUGAGGCAUGGAGGGGGGUUGGUGUUCAAGUCGUUUCAUUGGUUGGUGAAGAGACUUGAGAGUAAUAGGGUAUUGAUAGGGGCGAUUGUUGUGGAGGGCGAAAUCGGUAUUUCACGUCAGUUGAAGCAAUGUGCGGUGGAGCAAAAGAUUCCGGUGGUGCCGUUUGAUUGGAUUGUGAAGAGUUUGUAUGCGGGUAGGGUUGUUCCUUCACUUGAAGAAUUCAAGAACACAUAUAGAGUUCCUUUGGAAAUGAGUGAAGAAAUAUAA